UUGAUUUCUUGCACAAGACAAACUGAACACAUAAUACCCACUUCUACCAUUGAUAUAAAUACCUAUCUAGCCAUAGCCUAUAGUGGGGAGAACUAGCUUUCUUCUCUCUUUGAAUCUUUCUUUCAGAUCUUCAAUUAAUUUCUCUCUUGAUUUGAAUAUCCUUCUUUCUUUUAGCUAUUCUAUUUGAAAGUCUCAGCACAAUCUGAACGAUGGUUGACAAAGAAGUUGCAAGGAAUGUUGUAGGCAUUAUAGGAAACAUAAUCUCUUUUUGCCUAUUUGCCUCUCCAAUACCCACAUUUGUUGAAAUUUGGAAAAGUAAAUCAGUAGGUGAGUUCAAGCCAGACCCUUAUCUGGCAACCAUAAUGAAUUGCUUGCUAUGGAACUUCUAUGGCCUGCCAAUGGUCCAUCCAGAUAGCACUCUACUGAUUAGCAUCAACAGUGCUGGACUAGCCAUGGAGGCCAUUUACGUUACCAUCUUCUUCUUGUAUGCAGACAGGAAAGGCCAAGUUAAGGUAAUUGGAUGCAUCUUCAUAGAGCUUGUGUUUUUGGCCAUUUUGGUGACAUGCACAUUGAAAUUUAGUGAUACCCAUGAACAAAGAUCAACAAUUGUUGGGAUCAUUUGUGUCAUAUUUAAUAUAGUAAUGUAUGCUUCGCCUCUUACUGUUAUGAGGAAGGUUAUCACAACAAAAAGUGUCAAGUACAUGCCAUUUUGUCUAUCCCUAGCUAACUUUCUCAAUGGAAUCAUUUGGGUCUUUUAUGCUGUUAUUGACAAACUUGAUCUCUUUAUUUUGAUUGCAAAUAGUGUGGGGUUAUCAUCAGGAGUAAUACAACUAGCUCUCCAUGCAUGCUAUCGUAAGCCUACCCUAAACCAUGAAGAUGUUGACAAGCCAGCUGCUGAGCUUCAACCCUACACUGCGGACGAAAAUGGCUCAGACUUGUGGGUGCAGUGCUAUCUUACUCACAAACAUAUUGAUAUUCCAUAAAGUAAGAAAAAUGGACUUCCGUAAUUAUAAAUGAAGAUAUAUGUAUAUUGACUAUAUAGGAUAAUCUUUUAGUAUUUAGAUCUAAUUUAUAUUUUUUUUUUUCAGAAUCCCAAAUACCUCUCUUUAGAUUAAUAUGAAA